AUGGUCAGCUCAUACCUUCGCUCGGAUUCUCCCCUGGGUCGCAUGCUCUCAUUAAUUGAAACACCUGGAUCCGCACUCCGGUUCCUCAUCUUGGAUUGUCCAACCGAAUCGACGCUCUCUUACUACGUCGAUGAAUUCAAACGCUACAAUGUCACCCACGUCGCUCGGUGCUGCCAGCAAACAUACAAUGCAGCCCGACUUGCUGAGGAAGGUAUUCAAGUCCUGGACAUGCCGUUCAAAGACGGUGGUGUGCCACCUGCAACGAUUGUACGUGAUUGGCUUCAACUCGUCGAUACACAGGAACGUAAGGCCAGCGAAGAAAAUCCCGUCACUAUUGCAGUGCAUUGUGUAGCAGGCCUCGGACGUGCCCCCGUCUUGGUUGCCAUUGCUCUUAUCGAGCUCGGCAUGGAGCCUUUGGAUGCUGUCGAAUUUGUGAGGAGAAAGCGCAGGGGUGCAUUCAACAAGCCGCAGAUUGCGUACUUGGACCAAUACAAGCGUUCCUUGAGACAAAAAUCAUCCUCGAGCGUUUCCUUCAAGAGCUCCUUGGGCAAGAUGUUUAGAUUCGGAAACAAGAAACAACAGGAACCAGAAGUCGUGACGAUCCAUUGA